AGUAAACAGAAGAAAAGAAAGCAGUUUAUCAAAAAAAAGAGAAAAAAUCCACUAAUUUUUUCAAUCAGUUGUCCCAAAAAUAAAACAAAAAAUAAAAAAGAAUUAUCAAAAAUUUAGAUAUUUUCUAAUUAUUCAUAAUCAGCAAAACGCCCACAUCACAUUUUAUUUGAAAUCCUCGCUUAAAGAAAGCAUGAAAAUUCCCAAAGAAAUAUCAAUAAAACAAAGCAAAAAUGUGUAAACUAAACUUUCGUCAUUUUUGCGAAGAAUGGCGAAUCUGGAUUCGUCCCCUGCUAAUUGUAACAUAUGUGAUAUUUGCCAUAAUCGUUGUCCCGCUGCUCAUUGUUAAUUCCGUCAAAGAUGGUUUCACGCGCAAGGAUCAGUUGAUACUUAUUGGUGGAUUGUUUGUGUUGUCUGCUGUGCCAAUCUCUAUUUGGCACAUCAUUCAACAUGUAAUUCAUUUUACGAAGCCUGUUUUACAAAAACACAUCAUUCGUAUUUUAUGGAUGGUGCCUAUUUAUGCUUUAAAUGCUUGGUUGGGUUUGCUAUUUCCUGAACACUCGAUUUAUGUUGACUCAUUACGUGAAUGUUAUGAAGCUUAUGUUAUAUACAACUUCAUGGUUUACUUGCUAAAUUACUUAAAUUUGGGAAUGGACUUGGAAGCCACAAUGGAACAUAAGCCCCAAGUGAGACACAUCUUUCCGUUGUGUUGCAUGCGUCCGUGGGAAAUGGGCAGGGAAUUUAUACACAACUGCAAGCACGGUAUUUUGCAGUAUACGGUUGUAAGGCCUAUAACAACUUUUAUAUCCGUCAUAUGUGAGCUAUGCGGGGUUUAUGGAGAAGGAACCUUUGCUGGUGACGUUGCGUUCCCUUAUAUUGUUCUCAUAAACAACAUUUCUCAGUUCGUUGCUAUGUAUUGUUUGGUUCUAUUCUACAAAGCCAAUAAGGAGGACUUAAAACCAAUGAAACCAAUUCCUAAAUUUCUUUGUAUAAAAGCCGUUGUAUUCUUUUCAUUCUUUCAAGGGGUCUUAUUAAAUAUGAUGGUGUACUAUGGAAUUUUUCAAAGAUUUAUCGGCAACGCCUCCGACAUUGGUGAAUCGACAAAUUUGGCACUCAUGUUGCAGAACUUCCUCAUUUGUAUAGAAAUGUUCAUUGCAGCUGUGGCCCAUAUUUAUAGUUUUCCCCACCAUCCGUUCCAUGUAAAUUUACCACAAUAUUGGAACAAUCCAAGUACUAAUUGGUUUAGUGCCUGUUUGUCCAUGAUCGAUAUUUCCGACAUGCAAGAAGAUGUGAGUGAGCACUUUGGCGUUGUUAGUAGCUCACUAAGUCGGCGUUUUCAAGGACGAACUGCUUAUCAACCGUUGUCACGAGGCCGUCGCUCCAGCAGUGAAUCGGACUACCUAAUGGCAGCUGGAAUAGUCAAGACAGACAGCGAUACAGGUAAUAGAAAGUCAUUUAGUAAUCCGAUGGUAACCAAAAAUCGCUAUGGAGCUACAGAUAAUCUUCUUCAAGCGCCUUCGACAUCUUCAGCAGCUCCUGAGGCCUCUUCGUCAAAGCACUCAUCGAAUUUCGCAAUUAAUAUCAAUAAGAGAGACGAAAUUAAAGAAUACUCACCACACUAUGGGGCACCCACUUCGGGUAAUUUCCUUCAAGCCCGUAAAAACGGAGGAGGGGGUGGUUCCAAUACUGACUCGAACACGACCACCCGAAACGACAGCUCCUCAAAAAGCGACUCCAUUUCAAUGGUAAACAGUGGAGGGGGUACUAUUAAAAAAUCCGAUAGCAAUAACUCUGACUGGCUGAGCACCCCCACUGACGAGAUGCUCGGCAUCGAUGUGCGAGGUGUAGAAAAAGAUCGAAUUAUGUAUAAUAUGGGUAAUCCAAAGGCUUGAAUAUUAUUCUACGCUGCUGUUUCGAGGGAUAUAUAUAACGAAUUAUUAUAAGUUAAAAGAAAAAAAACAAUAUUUAAGACUCAUAAAGAAUUUACUUUGAAUCUAAGUUGAUUUUUUUUAUACUUAGCUGAACAAAUUAUAUAAAUGUAUUUUAUGUGUAUCAAAUGUAUUAGCAUUGUUUAAUGAUCUGAAUCUUUUUAGGAAAAAUA